GCUGUCAUCGUGUAUGUACAAUAGUUGUGCAAUUACAACAAUUUAUUGAAACUAGGAAUUGUUAAAAAAAAGGAUGAAUAUAAUAAUUAGAAAUAGAUAGUGAGAAAUUUAGUGACAAUUAAAUAAAAUUUAUUUAUUUGAUAAUUAUUUCAAAUGUAUUCAUUAAAAUGGAAAUGCAAUUCGAUAACGACGAUACUUCGGAAAGGCGAUUUGAGAUAGAAUGUAAACUGGAAGCUGAAAUAGCUUCUUUGGAGGCUAUCAAAGAGGCACAGGAACACAGUAAAAAGUUAACAAGUGGUAUGGUAGCGAUUCUUUCAUCUCUAGAGGAUCGAUUAGCUACAUUACGUCGUACCAUACUACCUGUUUACAAUGAGACUGGCAAUCUCCAAAAGCAGCAACACAAUAUUGAAAAAACUUUGACAUUACUGGACCAUGCAAUUGGCUAUUAUGGAGUAUGCCAAGAGGUUGAAAGUUCAGUACGAGCUGGGCCAAAUGGUGCUAGUGGUUUGGAUGGUUUCCUAGACUCUAUGAACAGAUUAUGGAAUGCUCAGCAUUAUUUCCAAAAGAAUAAUCCAAGCUCCGUAGAAUUAGAGAAUGUUUCAACGCUCUUUAGUACAGGACUUGAAUCUAUUUACGCCGAAUUCCAUGACAUACUAGCACGACAAAGUAAACCAGUACUUCCAAUAGUUCUCUUAGACUUGAUAGGAAUAGAUGAAGAUACAAGUAACGAAGAUGCCCCACAGUCUUUGAUCCAGUUGCCUGAAAGUGCAUUAGCUGACUUGAUCAAGAUAUCAGGGUGGCUGGAAGAUAGAGGCCAUCGUAAGCAUACCAAAUUAUAUGCCUCCGUAAGAUCUGCUAUUGUCCUUCGUUCUCUUCAACUGCUGAAAGAGCAUCAGAGAAGUGCUAGUGGUGGAAGUACACAUGCUGCCAGUCCUAUGCCAAGAGCCAAGUUCGCUCACAGGCACUCUCUGGGUGUCCCCGAGACAGCGGGCCGCAGAACGUCGCGUCGGCUGCAGCUCGCUCUCGAGAAAAAGGCUAGCAAGAUGCUGUUGAAAGCCUCCCAGACGACGGGCUUGUCGUUUUCCCUGAAGAAUCAGCAAGGUGGCGCGGGAUCGGGCCACCAUCACUCAAGCGAGGACGCAGCGCCGGACGAGCAGGAGAUGGAGAACUACCUGCUGCUCGCCGCCGGUCUCCACAAGCUCAUGCAAGCCGAGCGAGUGCUCGUAGGUAGGAUUCUUCCUCAGACGCUGCAGCUGCAGGUCCUCGAGUCGACGGUCAGGGACGCCAUGGAUCUGGUGGCUCACGACGGAGAGAAUAUUGCCGCGAGAGCAAAGCGAUGCAUCGUCAGAAAGGACUUCAGCGCGGUGCUCGUCGUGUUCCCGAUUCUGAAGCACCUCGAGGAGCUCAAACCCGACCUCGAGAGGACCGUUGAGGGCUGCGAGUAUUCGCUGAGGUCCAAGUUUGCCUCGGUCAUCCAAACUCUCACCGAUACCGGUGCACAGGCAUUGGAAUGCUUUGGCGAAAACGUGCGCAACGAGUCGGGCGCCGUGUUGCCCAAGGACGGUACGGUCGCCGAGGGCACCAGCAACGUGCUGAUAUUCCUGGAACAGCUGACCGAGUACGCGGACACCGUGGGCGCCGUUCUCAAGCGUCACAACGAGACCGACAUCGUGGGCAUCAUUAACGCCAAGCAGGCCGAGCAUCAACACCGAGUUGCCUUGGGACAUUACAUCAAGCGCGUGCUGGCCCUCCUGAAUCUCGCGCUGGUGAGCAAAAGCGACACCUCGUACUCGGACCCGGCUCUGCGCGCACUCUUCCGCCUGAACAAUCACAACUACGUGAUCAACGCGCUGCGUCGAAGCGCCCUGAUGGAGAUACUCCUGCUCGCGGAGCCAAGCGCCGAGCAAACUUACCAAGAUCUGUUGGUGCGCGAUCGUACCAGCUACGUGGCGACGACCUUCGCCAAAGCCCGAAAUCACAUCGAAAAUCACAACGACGAGCCCGGUGCAAAGGUGUUGAAAGAGCGUUUUGCGGGUUUCGGUCGCGAAUUCGAGGAGGCAGCCAAGUUCCAACGCACAUACUCGGUUCCAGACUCGAAACUUCGCGAGGAACUUCGCAAGGAAUUACAGCAUUCGCUGGUACCGCUGUACACGACCUUCUACCACAAAUACAAGCACACAUCCUUCUCCAAGAACCCGGCCAAGUAUAUCAAAUUUAGUCCGGAACAGGUGUCUGCCGCGAUCGACACGUUCUUUGACACAUCUGCGUGAGCGGUGUGACCGAC